AUGUUUGUACGUCAAGAUAUACAAGGAAGUCAAAAGUUAAAUGAACAACAUAACAAUAAUAGCAGCAGUAACAAUGGUAAUGGUAAUGGUAAUGGUAAUGGUGAUAGUGAUUUCGUACCAUCUUCAGAAUUACUAGAUUCAUUGGAUAUCGAUAUGAUAUCGGAGCGGCUACAGCGAUUCGUUAGAAACUUUUGUUUGACAACCUCCAGAGAGUAUAGCAUCAAUGUGGCACAGCUGAUAUCACCAUUCGUUGUAUUAUCGUUUGCCGAUGAGAUCGUAUCGAAUCUCCGUGAUCCCAAUUUACCACAAAACUCUGAAGAAGACUGGAUGAAUCUAAGUAUUAAAAUAGUUGAGAAUCUAUCAUUAAGUGGAUUGUUACCUUAUCCUUCUGCACAUCCAAUUCUAUUAAGUGUAUUUACACAACUUUAUUUCUAUGAAUGGAUUAAUCAUAUGUUUUGUGGAUGUACUGAUUUAAUGUUUUUAGUACAGUUGUGGGAUAUUCUGCUAUUCCAUGAGAAUCAAGACUUCUAUUUAUAUUUCUCAAUGGCAUUAUUGAAAUCAAAACGUGAACAAAUUCUAGCGAUAAAAGGUACAGCAAAAGAUAUUCUAGCGGUAUUGGAUGAGAAGUCCAUUGCAACGAGUGUAUCGAAUCAGUCUAGACUACCAGGAUUAAUUAAACAUGCAGAGAUAUUCAGAAAGUCAACACCGAUUUCAUUCUUGAGAAAUUGGAAUAGAUUCUAUACCAGUUGCAAGCAUCCAAGCGGACCAAGACUUGACACUAUCAAUCAGAUCUACAAUGAAUAUAAAUAUUCAAUAUGCAUGGGUAUCGAUGUUGAAGAAAUGAUUUUAAAGUCACCACUUGGAAAAGAUCCUAAAAUAAGAGAGAAAUUACAAUAUUAUAUACAAGAUGAUGAACCUAUUGAAUGUAAUUUGGUUGUAUUUGAUUGUAGACCAUACAAGUAUUUCAAGAGUGGAAGAUUCCCAAAUGCAAAUCAUCUACCACCUGGCUUGCUAAUUAGCCAGCCCGAAGAGUUUGACGGUGUCAAAAAGUCAUUCCAAGAUAUCAAAGGUAUUUCACAUCUGGCAUUCUAUGAUAAUUGGUUCCAAUUUAAUACUCUACUUGAAAAGAAUGAUGCUGAUACCAAUGACAAUGGUGACAUGAACAUGAACAUAUUAAGAUUCUUAAAAGAAGGUUUUCCAUACAUAAGUAAAGUUCCAUCUGGUUUUAAAAAAAUACAUGAUAUUUUCUUGGCAAAAGGAUUGGAAUUAAAUGUACAUGAAUUCAAUAGAUGUCCAGUUUGUAAUCCCGAUGCUUUAAAUAACCCAUUGCCACCAAAAUCUCAACCUAAUUCACCUGUUGUUGUACAGCCAAAGAAGGAGAAUUGGUUGAUGAAUAAAUUCAAGAUUGGACAAAGCAGAGAUAAACAACCAUCGACUCCAAACAAGUCUUCGCCCAUCAAUGUAACUCCACAGUCUUCACCACAGCAAUUUAUUCACACAUCGGCCAACAGCAACAACAAUUCACCAGAUACCAAAGAUAGAAGUUUUACAAUGGGAAGUUCACCACUAAAUAAAAGUGGUGUUCGAUCUAUUAUGUUGUCACCGACCAGACUGCUGGCUAGCAGUGGAGACAAUCAUCACAACGGAAUGCCACACAUCGGUGGCACCAACACCGUUCACGACGAACGUUUCCAUGCAGAGUACCAGCAGUUUGAUAAAGAAUUCCAAAAGACUGGAAUGCAAUUCCAAGUUGAUUCCGACGACGAUCAAGAACCCGAUGAUUUCAAGAACAACCCGAGAUUCUAUUACUUUGGAUCGUUGGCGGAUAUCGAUGAUGAAGGUGGUCACUAUUAUCGCGAUUACAAUACACUGUUGAUUCCCAACCCAGUGUUUGACGCCGACCGCGAAGUCAAGGUGCGCAAGCAGAUCGAGGAGAGUCUCAAGGAGUAUCGUGGAAUCGAUGAAUGGCUGGAAGGCGAUCACUUUAUUUACGAGUGUGCCGAGUACACCACUGAGUCGAUCAACACCAAGUGCUAUGCCAUCGUGACAGAGGAUACAUUUAUGGUGCUAAAGGAGCAUCCGUCGUGUGGUGGCUACGUAAAAGAAGAUUGUAAAUAUAGUUUAGCACAAAUCCAAUUCAAUCCAAGCAACCCAGCAAUAUUAGAAUUCGAUUUACAUUUUGACAACAACAGCAACAACAAAAUCAAUGAGAGCCAACCAACAGAGCAAAGAAAACAAUUUUUAUUCGGGGAUGUAGAAACUAUAAAUUCAAUUCAAAAACGAUCAACUAAAUUAAAACUGAAAUCACCACCUACAAUAACUCAACAUUAA